CUUCUCUCCCAUUCCCAGCCCCCUCUCCACUGAGGUAGAAGUAUCAUCCUUUCCCCCCUCCACUCCUCUAUCUCUUGCUGGAAUACCGUAUCCAUUCUUCCUCUUCAUUUUGAUCAGAUUUGAUUCAUUUGAAUGAUGAACCUGCAUGAGAACAUUGCAUGAAUACCAGAGUUUAUGAGUGUAUAUAUACGGUACAUGUGACAUACAGUUUGCAUGUUUUUGCAUGUAUGUUGUGUUCUGUGGUUUUCUAAGCAGACUGACUGUCUACAGACAGACUGACUACAGAUUGACACACAGAGACCCUCCCCGUCUUCUUCACCAUGCUGAGGAAGGGCUCGGAGUUGCUCCUGGCCACAGGAGGUGACAGGGAGGUGCUGCUGUAUCUGGACUACGCGACGGGCAAUCGGGGCGAACCCCAAACCACCGACAGCUAUGGGAGUCUGCAGAACGGGGGCUUCAUCCCACCUAGAUAUCUUUCAGCUGCAGCGGCUGCUUCAGACGAUAAUGACGAUGAUGAUGAUGACCCCGUCUAUAUGCACUGCGAUAAAAUGAGUAGACGACCGGCACAACCCCUAGGGGGGAACUACUUUAGAGAUGGAAGAACCAAAAUAGACUUUGUUCUAGUAUGGGAGGUGAAACGGAGAAAGCAUCGCUCCAGAGGGAGGGGCCGAUCUGAGACCAGCGGUCCGGGGGAGGUCGGAGCAGGGCCAGAGGAGGGGAGCAGCAGGUCUGAGCGGAGAAAGGCUCAGCUGGCUCGAUGGAGGGACAAGUUCACCCAAAACCUGCAGAAUGCCGGCCUGCUGCUGGAAAAGGAGGAGACAGCGAGCGAGAAAAAAACCAUCCAUUAUCUGAAACUGAGCGCCCCCUGGGAUGUGUUGGUGUAUUACGCAGAGGAGCUAAUUCUAAGAGCACCGCUACAGGCUCAACCAAACCCAGACUUCAACACGUCUGACCGGAUCCUUCAGAAACUAUACAUUCCCAACAUCAUGGCGGAGUCCUUGCCCAACAGGCCACUGGACUACUACACUUGUGCCUUUCGCAAGUCAAAGAUGGAGAAGUUCCUCAGCUGUGAGAACCAUGACACCUACUUUACUAACACACAGAGACACCGUAUAGUGUAUGAGAUUCUGGCGAGGACGGUGUACGGCAAGAGGAAGAGAGCGGAGGUUGGCGUGGCUCGACUGCUCAAUGAGCGGGCAUACACUGCAGCAUUUCCCUUGCAUGAGGGCCCCUUUGAGCUGCCAGAGCAUGAGGUGCAUCCAGAUGAGCUGAACCAGAGGCAGGUCUUGUUCCAGUAUUGGGCCCGCUGGUCUAAAUGGUACAAGUACCAGCCACUGGACCACAUCAGAGAAUACUUUGGAGAGAAAAUAGCCCUUUACUUUGCCUGGCUGGGGUUCUACACAGCCUGGCUGCUCCCUGCGGCGGUGGUGGGGGCCUUUGUCUUUGUGUCAGGAGUCAUGUCCAUGGGGACCAACACUCCUGCCAAGGAGAUCUGUAAUAGUGGGGCCAGCUACCUGAUGUGUCCUCUCUGUAAGACCUGCAAGCCCUGGAACAUGUCUGAUAUCUGCCCCAUGGCUAAGGUGGGCUACCUGUUUGACCACCCCGGGACAGUCUUCUUCAGUGUGUUCAUGUCCUUUUGGUCUGUCACCUUCCUGGAGUACUGGAAACGCAAAAUGGCCACCCUGGCUCACCACUGGGACUGCAUGGACUUCCAGGAGGAAGAGGAGCGUCCGCGGCCUGAGUUUGCGGCCAUGGCUCCUUCUAUAGAGCACAACCCAGUGACGGGAGUGAAAGAGCCCUACUUCCCAAAGAAGGCCCGGCUGUCCCGCAUGCUCACUGGCUCCAUGGUCAUCAUCAUCAUGCUGUGUGUGGUGAUGAUUUUCCUGGUGACAGUGAUCAUGUACCGUGGGAUAGUGAGUGUGAUGAUGUACCGCACAGGCAGCGUUGUGCUGCGCACUCAGGCAGGGAACAUUGCUAAUAUCUCCAGCAGUAUGGUGAAUCUGGCCCUGAUUCUGCUGAUGGGGCAGGUCUAUACUGCGUUGGCACUGCAGCUCACUAAAUGGGAGAUGCACAGAACACAGACCCAGUACGAAGAUGCGUUUACCUUCAAGGUGUUUGUGUUCCAGUUUGUCAACUUCUACUCCUCUCCCUUCUAUGUGGCAUUCUUCAAGGGAAGGUUUGUGGGUUAUCCUGGACACUAUGGUACCUUGCUUGGCAUGAGAAACGAAGAUUGUGGUCCAGGGGGUUGUCUCAUUGAACUGGCUGAGCAGCUCUUCAUCAUCAUGGUGGGGAAACAGCUCAUCAGCAAUGUUCAGGAGUUUGUCAUCCCUAAGGUGAAGGCGUGGCAACAGAAGAGGGCGCUGAAUAAGGUGCGGGGAACGAAGGCUUGCCAGGAGCCUCGGCGGUGGGAGGAGGACUAUCAGCUGGUGGAGUGUGAGGGCCUGUUUGAGGAGUACCUGGAGAUCGUGCUCCAGUUUGGCUUCAUCACAAUCUUUGUGGCAGCGUUCCCUCUGGCGCCGCUCUUCGCCCUACUCAACAACUGGGCCGAGGUGCGCCUGGACGCCCACAAGUUUGUGUGUGAGUACCGGCGGCCUGUGGCCGAGCGCGCCCAGAACAUCGGCGUGUGGUUUAACAUCCUGGAGGCCCUGUCGCACCUGUCCGUCAUCGUCAACGCUUUCUUGAUCGCCUUCACGUCGGAUUUCUUACCACGACUGCUCUACCAGUACAAGUUUGACAACGAUCUGAACGGAUAUGUUAAUUUCACUCUGGCCUAUGCUCCUCCCAGCUACACCAGCCAUCCCAUGUGCAGAUAUAAAGCCUUUAGGGACAACAAUGGAAAUUACACUCUGGUUUACUGGGAACUCCUGGCUGUUAGGUUAGGCUUCAUCAUCGCUUUCGAGCAUGUGGUGUUCUUUGUCCUGCGAGCGAUAGACUGGAUGGUGCCGGACGUCCCUGAGUCUCUGGAGCUGAAGGUGAAGAGGGAGCGCUACCUGGCCAAACAGGCCCUGGCCGACAAUCAGGAGGCACUAUUGGUGAGUCAGCGAGGUCUGGCCUCCAGCCAAGCAAGCCACGCCUCCUUUGGUAACAUGAGUUAGAACGGCAGUGCGGAACUUCUGCACCAAGAGAAGCAGAACAGAUGGGGAGGAGAGGAGAGGAGGGGUAGAGGGAGAUAUAAGAGAUUCCUUUGCAUUUUGGGGUCCCAUCAAUGGAUUUGUUUCCCUGUUGUCUCUCCGUCUGUCCGCUAUGGUCAGUCUCUAGGUUUGUUUACAGAAGGGAUGGCCAAACUUAUCCGCAAAGGGCCGGUGGGGUUGCAGGUAUUUGUUCCAGCCUAGCUGUAACACAUCUGAUUCAAUGAUCAACUUGUCAUAGUCUUUCAUUAAAACUUUGAUUAGUUGAAUAACAUUUGUUACUGCUGGGCUGGGACAAAAGCUGUCACCUACACUGGCUUUUUGCUGGUAAUAUUGGCCAGAAUGGCCCCCACCUGGUUUACAGUAUGUGAAAGUGGGUUUGUAGUGUUCACAUUUUUUUGCUUGACUAUUAGCAUAUGACUUGACGUCCUUCAGCUCUGAUGAUUUGUAGUGUUCUCACGGUGUUAAAUGGACGAGCUUGAUUUACUCAAACAGUAAGUUUGUCUACACUUUUCUUCAGACAGCCUGUUCUGUUGUGUGUGUGUAUACACAUACAUGUACACUACCAUUCAAAAGCUAGGGGUCACUUACAA